UAAAUUUUUCUUAUUCUUCAGAACAAAUCAUCUGAUUAUUAAUUACUACCACUUAGUAAUUACAUUCUUUGCAGUAUUUAGCUAAGCUUGAAGAAGCUAUGUCAUCCUCUUCUACAUUAAUCUUGUUAAUUUUCUCAUUAAUUUACUCUCAUGGAAAUGCACUUAGUUCUAAUUACUAUGAGAAAACAUGCCCUCAAGUUGAAGAUAUUGUCACACAAGUUGUUACUGAGGCAUCAAAGAAGGACCAAACUGUCCCUGCUGCCCUUCUAAGGAUGCACUUCCAUGACUGCUUCAUAAGGGGCUGCGAUGCUUCGGUGUUACUAAACUCCAAGAAGAACACUGCAGAAAAAGAUGGUCCUCCUAAUGUUUCUUUGCAUGCAUUCUAUGUUAUUGAUAAUGCAAAGAAAGUCAUUGAAGCCCUUUGCCCUGGCAUAGUCUCAUGUGCUGAUAUCUUAGCCUUUGCUGCCAGAGAUUCUGUUGUCAUUUCCGGUGGACCUUCUUGGGACGUGCCUAAAGGAAGAAAAGAUGGAAGAACAUCAGAAGCCAGUGAAACUAGACAACUGCCAGCUCCCUCUUUCAACAUAAACCAACUUCAACAAAGCUUCUCUCAAAGAGGAUUAUCACUUGAAGACCUUGUCGCACUCUCAGGUGGACACACCUUAGGUUUCUCUCAUUGUUCAUCAUUCAGUAACAGGAUACACAACUUUAAUACAACCCAUGAUGUUGACCCAACAUUGCAUCCAUCCUUGGCUGCUACCUUAAAGGGCAUUUGUCAACUAAAAAACAGGGCUAAGAAUGCUGGAACUGCCAUGGAUCCUUCAUCGACAACGUUCGAUAAUACAUAUUACAAGUUAAUUCUGCAGAACAAGGGCCUGUUUUCUUCAGACCAAGCUUUACUCAGUAAUCCCAAGACUAAAAGUCUGGUUUCUGAUUUUGCUAGCUCAAAAGAAGCUUUCUUCAAGGCUUUUGCUAAUUCCAUGAUCAAAAUGAGCAGCAUAAAUGGAGGUCAAGAGGUCAGAAAGGACUGUAGGGUGGUUAAUUAAUUAUUAAUCCUUUCAAAUUAUUAACCCAGAAAACUGGGCGCAGUGGUCUCUAUUUGUUUCCUUAUAUUUUUCAGAUUUAUUUUAGCAUAUUAUUCGGCGCACUCUUAAGUGUUAUAAGUAGUAUUUUUAGGAGCAGAAAUUAUGUCAAAUCAUGUAUCAGUUUGUAUUAUGUAACUUACUAUAAAUAAUUCAUCCAAUCCUCUUUGAUGCAA